UUUAUCUAUUUUUUAGUUUUUCGGAAUUUUCCUCAUUUUUGUUUACAAAGUUCUUCAAAGAUAUAAACAAUUAGCUUAAUAUUUAUCUACAAAGCAGUCCAGGCUCAUGUUAAUUCAAAAUGUUCAGACUUUUCGCUAUAAACAGUUUCAAUACCGCAGAGGUGGAUAAGGAGACUCUGGACAUUGUUAGUUUUGGUGAUGACCUUAGUAGGUGUACCAACAACAACGGUAGCGGUAACCACAUUUUUCAUAUAAACAGCAGCAGCGACAGCAACACCACUAUCAUUCAUUUCGGCGAUAGUCAUUGCGGUGGCGGUGACAGCAACUACAACAACACCAACAGCACCGACAACAUAUAUAAGAAUAACAGAAAAGACUACAAUAACAACAGCAUCGCUGCCAACAAAACACGUGAACUGAAAGAGCCACAGAAAUACGUUGACUCGUUAUAUAACAACAACAACGAUAGCAUAAGCCACAAGCAUUGCAACGUUGCCAUCCACUGCAACAGUAGCAGUAGUCCGAGUUAUCGUCAAGGUGCGCGCAGUGAAAACUACAAUAACAACAGCACUAGCAACAGCAGCAGCAACAAUAGCAACAACAACAGCAGAAAAAUGCGCCGCAAUGUAAAAUUCAUUGUUUUCGUAAGCAUAAUCUGGAUAUUCGUCAUGGUCUACUACUUCCAGUCCAGCACGGAAAAGCAAUUUGCAUUUGCGCUCCCGUUGACGCCCAUCCACCAUUAACCAACCAUUCCAUCGUUCCUAAUAUUUCAUCCAUAAAAUCGCAAACAGGAAAAAUAUGGUAAUCCAAUUGGGGGUCCAUGAGUUGGCAGCCCAUCGGAUUAAUUUGAAUUUCUACUGGACGUUGCACUCGUCACGCCAGCCGCACAGAGGGAGACAGCACUUUUCGCUUCUUGCUUGCAUAUGUUUUAUCUGAUAUCUGUUUUAUUCUCAGCUUUUGAAAAUUCCCGUUAUUGUGUGAGAGCACAUGCAUACACAGCUACACAUUUAGCAAAAAUGGAUUGAGGCUCGAUAUUAAUUAAGCAAAUAAGCGCAUUCGUCUUUGUCACGCAGGUUCAUUAAACUGUUUGCGCUAACUGAAUAUUUUAUAUCGAAACUGCUUGCUUACACUGAUACGCGACUAUCCAAUUUGUUCACUAAUGAACAAACGCCGAACACCGAACGCGACACUCCCACCCAAUCCGUCUGUGCCCAUUCAAUGAUUUUUAUUCAUUACAAGAAGUGAACGACCUACAUUUAAAUUGUGUUCUUCAUCGCGCUAAUUGAAAUUCCAUUGAGUAAAAUGCAAAUCCAAAAUGGCAAACCGCCACACUAAAGGCCAUACAAUUACCAACAACAACAGAGCGCGGCUGCCUCAGCAACAACCUGCAGUUAGUAACUUUUUAGGGAAAAUAGCCGGCAAAACUUUGCUUGAAUUGUUGAUUUGCUGCAAUAAUUGGCAACAACAACACGGCCACCGCUCAACCAAGCAAAACCGAUAACUAGAUUCAAACACGUAUACAUAUAUUCGUAUGUGUGAAUAUGAAGUAGGCAGGUGUGUAGGUACAACAACUCAUGGCCUGCCACUUGUGAAUGCACAGUGAGCCACCCAGAAGACAUUUAUGUAUGUAUGUGCGCAGUUACAAGUAUAAAAUAGGCAGACAAGUGUGCUUAGCCUCUCACAUAUCUACACACAUGCAUGCAUACACACAAACUCUCUUCUUUAUUCUACUCACGCACUGCAACCGCUUACAGCGGCAUUGGGCAAACAAAAAAUGUGUAUACCGAGUAACCAAAUCCAAAGCAGAAAGACAAACAACGUAAAACGAAAAGUUGAAAAACUAAAGUCUUGAAAAUUGGCCGUCAAAACCAAAAACGAACAAAAAAAGAGCGAAAGUUUCAAGAAGUAAGAGUUCUUUUCAUCAAGAAAUUUUUCGUCGCCCAGCCUUUGUAAUGGUUUGCAAUUUCUUGUU